UUAGCCCACAAAUCAAUCUAUAAUUUAUAGCUUGGAUUCUUUUUGUGAUUAAUAAACACCACGCAAAUGCCACAACUACAAGAUGCUGGUCCACGUUCUGUGAACUCUUCACCUUCACUCUUUUAGUAGAUUUUGAUGGAUGCAGCAAAGGGAUUGGAAGCUUCUGGGGAGACCCUUCGUGCAGAAGUGAAAACCUUUUUCGAUUCUGCUCCUCCUUUGCAGAACAGUGAUGAGAUAACUCAGAAGUUGAAUCAGUUCAUUCAACGCAAUUCUUCAGCUAGGAGAAUUGUUUGUGUGACUUCUGGUGGCACCACCGCGCCAUUGGAACAACGAUGCGUUCGCUAUGUUGACAAUUUCAGUUCAGGUCACAGAGGGGCCACAUCCACCGAGUAUUUUCUGAAGGCUGGAUAUGCUGUUAUCUUUCUGUACCGGAAGAGAAGUUUCCAGCCAUUUUGUAGAUCCCUUCCUGAUGAUCCCUUACUUGAAUGCUUCAAGCCCAACCAUGAGUCCAACAUUCAAGUUUGCGAGGCUUAUUCUGAAACAGUGAAGAGGGCUAUCGUUGAUCAUCAUACUGCAGUGGCAGGUGGUCUCUUGUUGAAACUUCCAUUCAACACCAUAUUUGAGUAUCUCCAGAUGUUACAAACAAUUGCAAUGUCAAUGAGGUGUAUUGGUCCCCGUGCAAUGUUCUAUCUUGCUGCUGCAGUGUCUGACUAUUAUGUUCCUUGGAAGGAAAUGGUAGAGCACAAAAUUCAGUCAGGAUCAUCUCACCUUUUGGAUGUGAAACUAGUUCAAGUGCCAAAAAUGUUGUCAGUGCUUAGGAAAGAUUGGGCUCCUCUGGCUUUCUGCAUAUCUUUCAAGUUAGAGACAGAUUCAAACAUUCUUCUAAAUAAAGCUGGUGCAGCUCUUGAAAAGUACAAGAUGCAUGCAGUUGUUGCAAAUGAACUCUCAACUCGCAAGGAGCAAGUGGUGGUUGUCACUAGUGCUGAGAAGGUUACUGUUCAGCGUGAUAAGAGUCUGUCUGAUAAUGAUGUAGAGAAUCCCCUGAUUAAACUUCUUUCGGAGAAACAUGCCACUUACAUUGAGGAUUCUGGUAGAUGAAUCUAGGGAAUGGAUUUGGCUUCUCGUUGCAGUUUUGGACACUGCAACUAAUUGCAUCAAUAAGUCAUGAUCAUGAAUAAAAAGGAGAAGAAUUAGACAGUAUGGACACAGGGCUGUAGAAGAAAUGAAAUGAGCAGAGACGACAGUUCUAACCAUACCUUUGACAGACUUAGGCCAUAUAUGAAUGUUGUAUUUCACUUGUCCUUCUUAUCAUUGUUAAUUGGGAUACCCCGUUUGUCAUAUUAAUUUAUAAUAUCGAAGUUAAGAUGUGUGUGGUGAAACUUUGGUACGUUUUUUUGGUUUUACUGGAAUUGGUAGUUUAAGAUGAACAGAUACCAUUAAUCAACAGCAAAAGGAUGAUGUAUAGUGAAAUAUUAACCCAGGGUCUGAGAUGUGUAAUUUACCAUUAUGAACACAAAGUUGUAAUGUAUUGUAAUUUGUAAGGUUAAAACCACAGAAGAAUUUUAUUACUUUAUUGAUCACUGGAAUGUGCUGUCACCGAAUA